UCAUUUAGAUCCACUCAUCUUGUUACAUCUGACAACCAGAAAAGAUGGCUUGUGGUGGGAAUAGCACUCAACAAGAUCCUUGUGCCACAGAUCCGUCCUUUUGUGGAACAAGAGGUUGAUAAGGAAUACAACAAUCUCAAGACAAGUCACAAUAUUCAUACACAAAGUACAUCUGGUCGUCUUCAAAGGUGGCCACCAAGAAAGUUUUUAAAGUAUGAGAACAUCAAUGGUAACAGUCUUCACCCAAAGCUUCCAGGUGGAAAAUACAACAUUUCCUUGUUUGAUUGUAGAGUGUUAUCUCACAUUGACUUUGCCAAGCUCUAUGUAGAAAACUUUAUGGCAAAGUUCAAUGCUUUUGAUGACCACUGUGAUGCAUCAGCUGUACUCACCCUGCUUGGUGGUGUACCUGUGUUCUCAGCUGCUGUGGAGGCUGCAGCUGGUGAUGUCAGGAGUGUCAGGAAUGACUGGGCACACUGUGUCUUCAGUAAGUGGGAUCCUGUUAAGUUUCAGCAGAGUUUUGUUGAGAUGGAACACCUGGUGAGAGUCAUAGCUCUACCUGCUGCAGAUGAAGCUAAACUCCUUGCGGAACUAAAAGACUGGGAGACUAAAGGUAGCAUUCUUUGUACAUGCAGUUAAAAUAUAAAAAUCAAAUAACAUAUUGUCUUGGUACAAUAUUUAGUACAGUCGAACCUCGCAUAAGUGACCACCCAGAAUGUAAAGACUGAGUGGUCGCUUUUGGUAGGUGGUCGUUUACAAGAAUCCACCUAUAGGGGGUCUCUUCCCAUAAGAGGUCCAGGCACAUCUACCUUGUGGAAGAUAAUUUAUUUCGUGCAAUGGCUUAGUUAGGAUGUGUAGUUCCAUGUUGCCACUAAAGUAACUGUUCUUCGCAUAUUCUAAGUAACAGUGCACACAACGAAAAUAGCUGAGAUAAAAAAAUGAGUCAAGUGGUCACUUACAAGAAGUUGAAAACAAUGGAAAACCAUUAACCAUUGUGCCCAAAAAGUGGUCGCAGCCACUUACAGGAGGUGGCGGUUUACCAGAGGUUCCAACUGUAAGGCCUUGACUGGGAAAAUUUUUGUGUUUUGGAUUGGCGGUCCCUUAUGGGAGGUGGUUGCUUAUGAGAGCUGGUCGCACAUGGAGGUUCAACUGUAUUUUUUUACCUUUUGUAGCUGAAAGGUCCUGUUUAGCAGCAGUUACUUAAUAUCACUUACUUUGUGUAUGUAUACUAAAUAAUAUGCUUACAAAAACUAUUUCUAAAUCUCAAUUAACCUCAAUGUACACCUCCCACAGAAAAGAGAAAACUUAUCCCAACAGCAGUUGCUUCAUGCCUCACCCUGCCACCUAGAAUUAUGCUCAAACAAUAGAAGUGUGUCUCUUCAACAUGUUUGCCUAGAUACAUGUAAGUUGAAGAAGAGGUGAUCAUGAGGUCUGGGUGUUCUUUAAGGAAGAGAUCACCCCUCUUCCAAGAAACUAUCCCUGGAUAUUUGUGAUGGUCUUUCCCGGAAGCUGUUCAUGACAUAUAUUAAUGUGCCAGGUAUUAGUGUGUAAUCUGGACUGCUUUGUUGCAGGGACUCUGUUGUGCAUGAACUCCCCCGUGGACCCAGCAUUGCUUCAACUUGUUCAGCAAGAAGUAAAAUUUCUACAAGAUAGUGUGAACAACUUGUCUGUAGAAUUUGACCAGGAAAAGGUGAGAGUACAGCAAGAGCUGCAAAACGCUGCCAUAAAUCUUGAAGAGAUGAAACAGAUGGUGGAAAGACUAAAGACCUUUCAAGGUAAUCGUACUUAACCUUCCCCAUCCAUUUUCAUAAUUCUUGUGUCAUUAUUGCAACAUCAUAUAUAAUGGUUUCUAAACCUUAUAUUUACUCGUUAGAGUAUUUGGAAAUUGUGUACUUUCUGCUUCUGUUUUGUAGAGGAUGCAGAUCAGAGGUUUGGAAAUUUAGAGACUCGCACCGGUCAAGUUGAAGACCAAGUACACAGUCUUGAAGGUAAUUUCGAGAUAAGGCACUGAUUGCUCUGUGGGUUAUAAAUGUUAGUUCUUCAAAUCUCUUUUUCAUUUAAAAUACUGAUGGUGAAAAUUCAUUUUGUUUAACAUUUUUAUUAGUGUGUACUUUCUUUCGUGAGGUCGCACAUGUUAUUUUGUUUGUAUAUUUUAGAGGAUACUGCUCAGAGGUUUGGAAAUGUGGAGACUCGUACUGGACAAGUUGAAGACCAAGUGCACAUUCUUGAAGGUAAUUUCGAGAUAAGGCAUGCACUGAUUGCUCUGUGGGCUAUGAAUAUUAGUUCUUCAAAUCUCUUUUUCAUUUAAAAUACUGAUGGUGAAAAUUCAUUUUAUUUAACAUUUUUAUUAGUGUGUACUUUCAUUCGUGACGUCGCACAUUUUAUUUUGUUUGUAUAUUUUAGAGGAUACAGCUCAGAGGUUUGGAAAUCUGGAGACUCGUACUGAACAAGUUGAAGACCAAGUACACAGUCUUGAAGGUAGUUUCAAUGUGUCAAUUAAAUCUUUUCCAGUCUCAUUUUCAAAAAGAAGUCAGCAGAUCAAAGGUUUAAACGAGUUACAUGUAAAGACCAUGCGCACAGUCUUGAAGUUAACUGGGAGAUGAAGCAAUAAGCCCUAUUCCUUGUGAGUCUAGUUUUUUUCUUACCGAAUAUGACCCACCCCGCUGUUGAUAUGUGCUCUGUGCGAAAACAGUAAAGGUUCUUGUUAGUUAUCUAACACCCAAGAUCACCGUCAUAAAAGGCACUAACCCAGGAGGCCAUCGUCCGAAUUGCGGCAAUUAAUUAACUCUUACUUUUUAAAUAGUAGGAUAUUAUUUUGCACACUGAGUAAGUUCUGAAAAUUUAAAAUGCACUUCUAAGUCGACGUUUCUUCUUUCUCCUUUUUGUUCCUUUUGCAGCAAAGUUUCAUGACCUGACGACAAGAGAAUCUGUUGAGUCAGACGCUUCUCUUCAAGACCCACUGAUGACAUCUGACGGUAGGUUAUCAUUCGCGUUUACAGCAAACGGCAAAUGUGAGUUUGUACCACGUGACCAAGUGUUCCAUUACUAAAUCGUUUACUGUUCAUUAUAAGUUUAACUACACGGAAAUCGGUAGAUUUACGCCAAGUCAAUAACAAUUGUUUUAAGCUGUAUUUCUCAACUUGAAUCUCACGUUUGCCGUUUGCUGUAAACGCGAUGCUUAUAUUUUCUCUCUAAUAAUUGUAACUGAUUUAGAGUGGAAUUUUAUUUGUUACAAGAAAUGAGAGAAUAGUUUAAUAGCCUUGCAUGCAGUUAUCAUAGAAAGUCAUCAGAUCACAUUUAAUCUCUUGAUACAAAUGGUGUGCGCAUACCAACAGGGGCAAACGAAAACGCCGACUUAAAUAAGGGGAAAUUAUAGCCUGCGUGGCAGACCCUUGGAAGUAGUGGGCGAAAGAGAGAACUGGCGCGCGCGAAGAAGACACGCGCCCACUAGUUCCAAGCGCGCAGGCUAGAGAAAUUAAAGCACAGUGUUCUUUCUUUCUUGUUAAAAUAUGAUCAUUUUUGUCCAGUGCUCAAAUGUACUUUUUUUAAGCGCAGAUAAAAUUAUAUGCCUCAUUUUUAUUUUCCCUCAUUAGUUAUUCCAGAGAAACUUGUCAAACUUAUCAGACGAGACUACAAAGGUGCGGUGCUGUGUCCCUUUCCAUGGUGUGAAGAUGAACUACAGCUGAAGCUAUCGAACAUUUUUACAAGAUUGCAGAUAGUUAGUAGAAGAAAAGAACGUUCACAACUAACCGAUGACAGCGUCAAUAUGACAGAAAUAUUCAAGUUACAUCCAGAAUGCUACAAUCCAAGAGUGGUGCUGAUCGAAGGGAAUCCUGGGAUGGGCAAAACCACCUAUUGUCAAAAGCUGGCUCAUGAUUGGUCCUUGGGGGAAAUUUCGCCUGAUGCUUCGUUUCCUGGGGUGGAGAUAUUGCUUCUGUUGAAAUGCCGUGACAUGCACAUGAAAACCGCAAACAUCGAGGAAGCUAUUGAUGAUCAGCUUCUACCACAAGAUGCUGGUAAGAAGGAAAAAGAAGACUUCUUCCAUUUUAUUCGUUCAAAUCAGUCUAAAAUAUUACUGAUUCUCGAUGGUCUGGAUGAAUUACGUCAUGAGCUGCUUCCGUGCAUUCAGCCAUUGAUUCAAGGCAAAAUCUUUUCCAAUACCUUCCUCGUGUUAACAGCUCGACAUGAAGCGGGAAUAAGACUACGGCGAUACUGUGACACGCUCCUGGAAAUCAUCGGUUAUACUAAUGAUGACGUGGACAGUUACGUAAAGAAGUAUUUCAGCAAGCACGAGGACCAAAGCCUUGCGGGGAAAAUGAUUCAGCAGCUGAAAAUUAACACAAAGCUGAGAGAGUUAACGGCUAAUCCACUAAAUACAGCUUUGUUGUGUCUUCUGUGUGAAGAAACAAAGGGAAUUUUCCCUUCCAAUAGGACAAAGAUUUACGAUGAUCUUGUCUCUUGUGCGCUGAGACGGUAUUUUACCAAGAGAGGUGUACCUUUGAGUGACGACGAUCCCUUCGAGAGAUGUUCAGACCAGCUGUUUCAGUUGGGGGAAAUGGCAUUUGAGGCAUUGCUGAAGAAUGAGUUAUAUUUCAGUUGCGAUGAAAAGAAAUGCCAGUCCCCUGGUUUCCUACAACUACCGUUUCUUUCCCGUGAGCCUAGUGUGAGCAAAAUAAAGCCAAAGCCGUGCUACGCUUUCACUCACAAAACUUUCCAGGAGUAUUUUGCUGCGUUCUACUUGGUCCAGCAAAUCAUAACUGGAAAUAAAGGAACAGAAUCUUUGCUUGCUCAGCUCAGCCCCGUUGACAACUGGCAGGUGUGGGAAUUUCUCAUCACAAUGUCGUCAAGCAAGAAAAGUGAAAUGGCCGUUUUUGUUGUGUCGCGUCUUUGUUCUUUUUUCGUUCAAGACAAACCACGAAUGACCAUCGACGCCGUUGCUGAUACCAACGUCAGUAGGGAACUCGAGGUCUGUGAGCUUAAACCUUUUGACUGGACUAGGGCUGUGGAGAGAUGGACUGAUGGUGAGAAAAUUUUAGACGAUGUGGUCACUAAAACACUUCAUGUUAUUAAAGAGUGUGAAGACGAUGGGAAUGAACUACAGGAUUACCAAAGAAAAAUGGUGCAUAUACUGGCGCAAUGCUUUCCAGUGACAAAAUUGAGCCUUGGCCAACUUGACCGCUAUUAUGUCGUUUAUUCCGAAUACUUGAAAACCAACUACACUUUGACAGAUUUAACUUUACAUGACGUGUUAAACGAUGUACUGUUAGCAACAAUUGAGGGGGCUCGUGAAAAAAAUUUAAAGCAUUUGAAUUUGCUUAGCGUGAACACUGACUUUUUUCUUAUGAAAUUAUGCAGCUACCCUUUCUUGAAAGAAGACUCUGAGGAGAAAAGCUUUCCCUUUUCUCACAAAAACGAAGCCAUUGCAAGUUUUACACAUCAGCAGUCAUGGAUCAAGAAUUUUGGUGCCAAAGCACUUGGGAAAUGUCUUCAGUCGUUUCGUUAUUUAACACAUUUGAAAUUUAGGGGAGACUUUAUCUGCACUGAAGGAGCCGUAGCACUCGCAGAAGUUAUUCGCGCGAGUCGCAGUUUGACACAUCUAUGUCUUCGUGGUGCUGGCAUCAGUGAUUUAGAAGUCACUGUCAUCGCUAACGCUCUACAGUCAAAUUGUACUUUAACCCAUCUCAGUCUGGCUCAAAAUCAGAUCCAUGAUCUAGGAGCAAUUGUUUUAGCAAAUAGUCUAAAUAGCAAUCGUUCUCUACAGUAUGUGGAUCUAAGUGAUAAUGACGUUGGUGAUUCAGGAGCUCAGGAGCUUGCUCGUAUUUUGAGAUCUAAUUCUUCUCUUACCUUUCUAGAUUUAGGUAAAACAUCAAGUAGUGCAAAUAGCGAAAAACCCCUCGUUAUAUUGGAUUCUGAUUUUGAAAUCCGUCAACACCUUGUUGGCGGUGAAUCGAUUGGGGCAUCUGGCGCUUCAUCACUCGCACGAGCCUUGCGAUCGAAUCGAUCGUUGACAUAUUUAGACCUUUCCUUCAGUGAGAUCUGGGAGGCGGGAUUUGCAGCGCUUGGAGAGGCUCUCCAAACAAACUGCACUUUGAGUCAUUUGUUCCUAUGCGGCAAUGCGAUGGGUGAUUCAGGAACAGCAUCCCUUGUAGAAGGUCUGAAAUCGAACCGCUCUCUAACUCGACUAUAUCUGACUGAAAAUGGAAUCGGAGAUCCAGGAGCAGAAGCCCUCGGAAAGGCAAUGCAAUCAAAUCACAGCUUGACCCAUUUAAAUCUAGAAGUUAACCUUAUUGGCGAUUUAGGGGCAGCAGCCUUAGCAAGGGCACUGGAAUCUACUGGUAUUCAAUUGACCCAUUUGGAUUUGGCUCUCAAUAAGAUAAGCUGUGUGGGUGCAGAAGCCCUCGCGAAAGCUCUUGAGUCUAACAGGUCUCUCAAGGCUUUAGAGUUGGGAAGCAAUGCGAUCGGCCCUUCGGGAGCAUCCUCGUUUGGAAAAGCACUUCGAUCAAAUCGUACUCUUACGCACUUGCUUGUGACCAGUAACAAUAUCACUGAAUCUGGAGCUGUAGAAUUGGUAGAUGCUCUACUGAUUAAUAACAGUUUGAUCUGUUUGAAUGCGGAAGAUAAUCCGAUUAGUUCGCUAGAGGCGGAAAACCUUAAACGGGAUAUCCAGUCGCAUUGUGUUAUUUUUAUAUAG